GCGCGGCGCUUGGUGCAGCCAGAGAUUAAUACAUAUUACUGGAAAGCAGCAGAAACUGUGUGUAUCUACACAAUGGACUUCCUUCCAACUCCAGAUUCAGGAUCAGACCUUACUCCUCCUGUUGUGAAGGUUACAACUAGCUCUUCCUCUGGCAUGGAGGAUGUUGAUGUAGCGGUCAUUGCAGGUGUCAUUGCUGCUGUCUUUGUAACGUUCCUGGUUGUAGUGGUGCUGAUAGCCGUCUAUUUGUACAAACAUAAAGGCACCUACUUAACCCAUGAGUCACCGGAGGAAGAAGCAAGCAAGGUUUUACACUUGGAGAACAGUGCCUCUGAAGACAAGAAAGAGUAUUUCAUGUAACACCCGGACACUUUUUCCUCUCAACGAUGAUCGGUCACCUGUAGACUUGUACAUACUAGGGAGUCAUGUUUCUAAUUCCAGUGACUUGUAGAAUAAUCCUAAAGAAUCUUUGUUGCUAAGGUGGCUGAAACGGGUCUCAGAAGCUGUAAACGAACGUGGAUUUUAAUAUCUUUAUGCUGAGCCCCUUGGAAUAAUGGGGUAAGCUGUUACCUUUGCAUAAGCUGCAUCAAUUAAACGUGAAACAUCCUGAUUUUUGCACACCUUUUCAGAUAAACUAAUUUAAUUGUGCGGGUAGCUUGCAAUCCUACUUCCAUGUGUUGGUCUUGAUGAAUGUAUGAAUUUGACUUGCUGUGCCUUGGGUGGCAUUUUCACUUAUGUAAAUAUAGACUACCUGCUUAAUUUUAUCACUUUUUUUUAUGGUAUGUUGUGAAUAGUUUAACAUGUAUGUUCAGUUAAAACCAAGCACUCUGUACCUUGUGCAAAUCAUACCACUCUUGCAAACUUUGUAUUUUAAAUAUGUAAAAUUGCUAUUUUCUGGCAGAACCACAUUUUUCAAUAUAAUAAAUAUUGUUCAACUAAA